AGUCAACAGUUGUAGAACCAAUUAGACCAGGGCACCUGAGAGCCUACGGAAGAGGUGCGGCUGGCGCCUGUGAUUUGGUGCCUACGUGAGGUGCGCUUGGAGCGUUUGAAUAGGAUGUUCAUCACCGGAGAAAACCGCUAUAUUUCUUUCCUGUGGGCGAAUAAAAAGGGAAAUUCGUCAAUGAGACUGUUUGUCAUACUUUCAGUGUUUUCCACUGUGAGGGGGCUCACUGUGACCAUUCCACAGCGUGAGUACGAGGUGAAACGAGGUGAUGACGUCACCCUGGCGUGUCGCUUCGUACCUGCCAAGCCAGAAAACUCAUUGGUGAUAAUCGCGUGGACCAUGGAGGCGGACAAACCUGAAGACCCAAAGAUCACGAUGGCUACAUACUACUCCAACCUAGAUAAAUUGGACAUCAGGGCGUCCUAUAAGGGCCGGCUGGACAUGCUCAAUGACAUCCCUGGAGGGCAGAGCACCUUGACCGUCCGUCGAGCUACCUUACAGGAGAGCCGGUUGUGGCAGUGCCGGGUCCAGAUCCCCGGAGACGACGAGGGGACAUUGUCCGCCACCACCGAACUGGUGGUUUUGGUGGCUCCCUCUGUCCCUGUUGUCAGGGUUCAGGGAGAAGCAGAGUACUGGGCAAACAUCAAUCUGACCUGUGUGUCUGAAGAGGGCUCCCCCGCCCCCACCUACAGUUGGAAGACCUACGAUGUUAUGAACACCCCCAGACAAUUCCCACUGAGGACCAUAGAGAAGAAUGGAGUUCUGUCACUGUUCAAUAUAUCUAUGGCGACUUCAGGUUUCUUCAUCUGCACUGCGACCAACAAGAUCAGCUCUUCCAGCUUCAACUUUACCCUGGCUGUCAUGCCCCCUUCCAUGAAGAUCGGGUCCACAUUGGCCAUCAUCGGAGGGGUCCUGGCUGGGCUGCUGGUUCUGGGGAUUGUUGUCUACUGUUGUAGAAAGAAGAGGAACAAAGAUAAGCAGAAAGCUUUUCAGGGAGCUCCAGAAAUCCAGUUUCAAGACAAUCCCACACUCAAGGUUGGGGCAGUUUACCAGGAUGCCGUAUCAGAAGGCAAAGCUGAGGGAAGCCUUGAGCUCCCUGACCAACAUGAGAUGACAGGGGAGGUGGGCCGUAGUAUAACAACAGAGCUUAGCGAGGGCCGUAAGAUGUCUGAUGAAAACCGCAACAACAAUGUGGAUCAACAUGAUCGGCAUGGUGGCAGCCGCGAUCGCCUUGACGACCAGCGCGAUCGAUAUGGUGGCAGCCGCGAUCGCCUUGACGACCAGCGCGAUCGAUAUGGUGGCAGCCGCGAUCGCCUUGACGACCAGCGUGAUCGAUAUGGUGGCAGCCGUGAUCGCCUUGACGACCCACCUGUCGUUCGUUAUAGUGGCAGCCGCGAUCGCCUAGACGACCCAACUGUUGUUCGCUAUAGCGGAAGCCGAGAUCGCCUUGACGACCAGCGUAAUAGGUAUGGUGGCAGCCGCGAUCGCCUUGACGACCCAACUGUUGUUCGCUACAGCGGAAGCCGAGAUCGCCUUGACGACCAGCGUAAUAGAUAUGGCGGCAGCCGCGAUGGCCUUGACGACCCAACUGUUGUUCGCUACAGCGGAAGCCGAGAUCGCCUUGACGACCAGCGUAAUAGAUAUGGUGGCAGCCGCGAUCGCCUUGACGACCCAACUGUUGUUCGCUACAGCGGAAGCCGAGAUCGCCUUGACGACCAGCGUAAUAGAUAUGGCGGCAGCCGCGAUCGCCUUGACGACCCGCCGGUGCUUCGCCAUGGUGGCAGCCGAGAAAGCCUAGACGACUGCCGCUAAAACAACCAGCAUGAUCACUACGAAGACCAGCAGCCUACGUGGACCUUGACUUGGAUACAAGAUUUCCAAAGGAAUUACAGCCAACCUCCCCAAUGCUACUCUGCACAGUCUGCCAGAAUAAGCUGCUAGGGCAGCUCAUAUAUACACCUUCUGUUGUCUGUAAUGUUCUACUGUCCUUACUGGCCCCAGGCAGAAUCCUUUUCACCUCUCAUUUUAACAUUUCCUGCAUAGAUGUUGGGCAAGGUUCAAAAUAUGAAAACAAAUAUAAACAAAAAGAGCCCAACAACUAUGCAUCCCCGAUUUUCCAAUUGUACUCUCACAGAGGUGCCUUGAGGUCUACAGUUCAGUCUCUAAGUGUUGGGACAGAGAC